AUGGAUCAAACGGAGCGAGAUUUGAUAGAGCAAGCUACCCUGCUUAGUACCAGAGAAGAGUACAUCGCGUGGGAACAGCGAUGCGACGAGUUCAUCGAAUCUUUGGAAGAACAGAGUCGGAUAAAACGCCCGCGAUUAUCGAUCGGUAAUAGACAAUCGUUAAUCGCUCGUAUCGCUCGACUUGAAGGUUUAAAAGAUUCGGUGCGCGAUCGUUUUGUGCAAGUGGGUGCCGGGUACAGUGCGGGACUUCGAUGGCGCGAGAUCGAAACGGCGUUCGAAAGCCGUAUUCUAACAGGCGCGGUGAUAAACUCUAAUCACAUCGAGCCUCGCCAAUUCCUCGAAGACGCGAGUGAAAUUGUGCUCGAACGUGUGCGAGAUGUCAUGCAGAGACAUAAUUCUGUAAAAAUAAAUACAGUGUUCAACGGUGAGUUUGUAUCAGGUGAUAAACAUGCCAAUAAAAGUGUGAGUACGAGAAACUAUGAACUUUUUCGUUCGUCAGAUUUGCAAGAGUGGUACGCGUCGCGCGUCGUCGAGCCAAUCCUGGCAUCGCUAGACGAAUUCCAGGAACGUGAUAGUGGAUGGGCACUAUCGCGUAUCCUCAAUUUGACUAUUAGUGUGAACAAGUACAAUCCUCUGCACGCCGGUUGUGACAUUGAGUUAUCGAAAAAAAUUACGGACAAGAGAGCGACGAUUAACGUGCAAUCUCUGGACGAUGCGUGCUUCGCGUGGUCGGUGGUAGCCGCUCUGCACCCGGCUAAACAGCAUACGGAGCGAACGUCUUCGUAUCCGCACUACUCAUCGGUACUCAAUCUCACGAACAUCGAGUUUCCGAUGACAUUAAACCAGAUAAAGAGAUUUGAAAAUCUCAAUGGCAUCUCAGUCAACGUAUACACUAUCGAGAAAGAAAUUCUUCCGUUACGGCUCACCGAUGACAAGAGGGACAAGCACGUCAAUCUACUAUACGUGGAGAAUCCUCAGGAUGAUACACGGGACAAAAACGUGGGAUGCCUGCAUUACUUUAGCUCAAGUGCAAAAUUAGAGCUCCACAGCACGGAUUGCGGGAAAUUAAACGAUUGCGCGAUAAGGCUGCCGAGCGAGGACGACAAGUGGCUCAAGUUCAAGAAUCACUGCAGGAAGGAGCGCGUCCCGUUCGUCGUCUACGCAGACCUGGAGUGCGUGCUGGAAAAGAUGGAUACGGAGUCCACAUCAUCCACGUACACUUAUCAACAUCAUCAGGUAUUUAGUAUAGCGUAUUACGUACACUGCUCGUACGACAGCUCACUGUCGGGUUAUAAGUUUCGUCGCGAUAAUAAUUGUAUAGCGUGGUUCGCGGACGAAUUAAAAAAUUUAGCACAUAAUGUGCAAUCUGUAAUUUCGACUAAUGUUCCCAUGGCAGAUUUUACACGCGAUGACUGGCAAAAAUUUAACAGCGCCACGCACUGUCACGUGUGCGAAAAACCGUUCGCGAAAGACGAUAAGCGAGCACGCGAUCAUUGCCAUUUGACCGGGCGAUACAGAGGCCCCGCGCAUUCAAAUUGUAAUUUAAAUUAUAAAGAUUCACAUUGCAUACCCGUAGUCUUCCAUAAUUUAUCAGGAUACGACGCUCAUUUUAUUAUCAAAGAAAUAGCUACAGCGUACGAAGGACGCGUUAAUCUUUUACCGAUAACAAAGGAAAAGUACAUCUCAUUUAGCAAACACGUCGACAGCACCAUAGAUGAUAAAAAAAAUUGCAUACAAUUACGUUUUAUAGACUCAUAUAAAUUUCUCGCCUCAAGUUUAGAAAAAUUAGCGUCUUUUCUCAGCAAGGAUAAGCUACGGGUAGUGCAACGUGAAUUUUGUAAUUUAUCUGCAGAAAAUUUCGACUUAUUGACGCGAAAAGGUAUAUUUCCGUACGAGUACAUUGACAGCGUUGAAAAACUGGAUGAUACAUGCUUACCACCUCGCGAAUCGUUUUACAGUUCAUUGACGGAUAGUACGGUAUCUGAGAGUGAUUACGCGCACGCCUUGAACGUAUGGCAGCAGUUCUCCAUUCGAACCCUCGGCGAAUACAGUGACUUAUAUUUAAAAACGGACGUUUUGUUGUUGACUGACAUUUUUGAGAAUUUUCGAGAUAGUUGCGUUGCGAGUUACGGGCUCGAUCCCGCGUAUUAUUACACCUUACCGGGCUUCACGUGGGAUGCCAUGUUGAAGCAUACAGGUGUAAAAUUUGAACUUCUAACUGACGUCGACAUGGUUCUUUUCAUCGAACGCGGUAUACGUGGCGGUCUGAGCCAGUGUUCAAACAGAUAUGCGCAGGCCAACAACAAGUAUAUGCAAUCGUAUGAUCCGUCGAAACCGUCGACGUACUUGAUGUAUUAUGACGUCAACAACUUGUACGGUUGGGCAAUGUGUCAACCAUUGCCAUACGCCGAUUUUCAAUGGGUCGACGAUGUAGAAAAUUUUGAUGUUACGACCGUCGCGCUCGAUUCACCGACAGGCUAUAUUCUCGAGGUGGACUUGGAGUAUCCGCAACAUCUUCAUGACGUUCACGCGGACCUACCGUUUUGCCCGACGCGCGAGAAACCACCCGGUAAGCGUGAAGACAAGCUCCUCGCAACAUUGUGCGAUAAGCAGCGGUAUGUCAUACAUUAUCGCAACCUGCAUCAAUGUACUCGUCACGGUCUCCGUAUCACAAAGAUCCAUCGCAUACUACGAUUCACACAAUCUCCAUGGCUUCGCGAUUACAUAGAACUAAACACAAAAUUUAGAACUUUGGCUAAGAAUGAUUUCGAGAAAAAUUUAUACAAACUUAUGAAUAACGCGGUUUUUGGUAAAACCAUGGAGAAUGUGCGCGAUCGCGUCGACGUAAAAUUAUUAACAAAAUGGGUGGGGAGAUACGGUGCAGAAGCAAUGAUCGCAAAACCGAAUUUUCACAGUAGUAGCAUUUUUUCAGAAAAUCUGGUCGCGAUAGAAUUGCGUAAACUCGAGGUGAAGUUCGACAAACCGAUAUACGUGGGUAUGUGCAUCCUCGAUAUAUCCAAGACAUGUUUGUAUGAAUUUCACCACGAAUAUAUGGCACCGCUGUUUCGCGAAAAUUGUAAAAUUAUGUAUACCGAUACAGACAGUUUAAUUUAUCAUGUAGAAUGUGACGAUGUAUAUGAAAUUAUAAAACGCGACAUAAAUAGAUUUGACACUAGCGAUUACGCGGUCGACAACGCAUACGGUAUUCCGCUAGUAAAUAAGAAAGUACCGGGUCUUAUGAAAGAUGAGAACAACGGCGCGAUCAUGAGCGAAUUCGUUGGACUUAGAGCGAAAAUGUAUGCUUUACGUGUACAAGGAAAGAAGGAUACGAAGAAAGCGAAAGGUAUCAAGAGCAACGUUGUAGCGCGAUCUAUAACAUUCGAGGAUUACACGCGAUGUCUCAAUGACACAAUCGAGAUGACGCGCAAGCAGUCAUGCAUUAGAUCAAAGUUGCACGAAGUAUACACGAUAUCCGAAACGAAAAUCGCUCUAAGUCCACAUGAUGAUAAACGAUAUAUUGUGUCAGGUUCCACCAAUACGCUGCCAUGGGGACAUUACCAGUGUAAAUAA